AUGCGGUCGACAACCGCCCUCUCCCUCCUCGCCCUGGUUUCCUCGGCGUUUGCGACGGUAGCAUGGAGCGAAAUAUCCGACGGCAAUCUCGUCCCCCGAUCUCUUACGAUCCUCGAUGACAGGCCCCCCAACUGCCCCCCGUGCUUCAACUGCCAGCUCGAUAGCUACAACUGUACCCACUUUGCGCCCUGCAACAAGUUCAACGGGAAAUGCUCCUGUCCGGCUGGAUUCGGCGGAGAUGACUGUUCCGAACCAGUGUGCGGCUCGCUGGCUGACGGUGAGAACCGUGCUGUGCGCGAUGGCGCAUCCUGCGACUGCAAGGAUGGCUGGAGCGGUAUAAACUGCAAUGUCUGCCAGUCCGAUAGUGCUUGCGAUGCUAUGAUGCCCGAGGGUAAAGACGGCGCAUGCUACAAACAAGGUGUCACGGUCAACCAGAACUUCCAGAUGUGUGAUGUGAUCAACAAGCCUAUUUUGGAUAUGUUGGGUGGUCGGAAGCCUCAAGUGACGUUCUCCUGCGACGCCGAAGACAACACUUGCAACUUUCAGUUCUGGGUGGACCAGAAGGAGUCCUUCUAUUGUGGCCUUGAUACCUGCGACUGGAGCAUGGAAACCGACUACGACAAGAACACGACCAGCUACAGGUGUGACAAUGUACAGUGUAGGUGCAUCGAGGACCGCUUCCUUUGUGGUGAGAACGGGUCGAUCAACCUCAAGGACUUCCUCGCCCAAACCAUCAAGGGGCCGGCUACUUUCGUAACGAAAGCGACCGCUGAAGGAACCAAGAGUGUUUUCUCGGAGCCCGAGAUGAACAGCCUGAUCAGUUCAGUGUUCGGCGACGCGAGCAUUUUCCUGUCCUGCGAUUCUGGAGAGUGUCUGUAUAAGACCAACUUACCCGGCUAUGAGCGCCCCGUCAAGAAGAUCAACACUCCGCUCAUCGCAGGGGCAAUCGCUGGUUGUGCGCUUUUCGUCGUGGCAGUGAUCCUGAUUGUCUGGUAUCUGACUCGCCGAGCUGCGCGUCGUGGUUACAGCCUACUGUCUCUAUCGGAUGACUCGGACGAUGAAACAGCGAAGCUACUGGCGGAACACCGACCGGCAGCUUUGUACUGGAAUGAUGUGUCUUACUAUCUGAAUGGAAAGGAGAUCCUCUCCGGUAUUCAGGGUGCGUCUGCGCCGGGCCAGAUCACCGCCAUCAUGGGAGCCUCGGGCGCCGGCAAGACAACUUUCCUGGACAUUCUGGCCCGCAAAAACAAGCGUGGUGCCGUUCAAGGUAACUUCUACGUGAAUGGCGAGAAAGUGGACGACAACGACUUCAGAAGCAUGGUUGGCUUUGUCGAUCAAGAAGACACGAUGCUGCCGACCUUGACGGUUCAUGAAACCAUCCUGACCAGUGCCUUGCUGAGAUUGCCGCGAGACAUGAGCCGAGGAGCCAAAGAGCAGAGAGUUCUGGAUGUAGAGAAGCAGCUCGGAAUUUAUCACAUCAAAGACCAACUGAUUGGCUCCGAGGAAGGCAAUGGCCGUGGCGUCUCUGGUGGUGAGAAGCGCCGAGUCGGCAUUGCUUGCGAGCUGGUCACCAGUCCCAGCAUCUUGUUUUUGGACGAACCCACUAGUGGACUGGAUGCCUACAACGCGUUUAAUGUCGUGGAAUGCCUGGUCACCUUGGCCAAGACGUACAAUCGUACGGUCAUUUUCACCAUCCACCAACCGCGCUCCAAUAUUGUGGCUCUCUUCGAUCGACUGAUCCUUCUCGCGGGCGGACGUACUGUCUACUCUGGACCGUUCUCAACAUGCCAGCAGUACUUUGACAAGAUCGGAUAUUCAUGCCCGCCGGGUUUCAACAUUGCGGAUUAUCUUGUCGACCUUACCAUGCAUGCCGGUACCACACAUUCGUAUUCAGACGAAGUUGAAUUUUCCGUGGAUGGGCGAAGUGGCCCUCCUAAGACUGCCUCGAGUAGUCUAAUGGCGGUCAAGUCUGUCGCGAGUGUGUCAAAUGUCAGCUUCGAGGAGAACUCCAGCAGCAUUGCGGAGCAGACCCGUAGACCGAGGAGCAAGCGUCGGGUGUCUCUGAAGCAGCAGCAAGAUCGCCAACUGUACUCGCGCCGUAAGGAGGAUCGUCCCUUUACGCCAAAAACCGAUGAGGAAGAUGCCACUCUGGAUACAGCAGAUAAUGAUCAGCAAUGGAUGCGUCUGUCCCGUCAAGCGGGCCACGUUCCUCCUCAAAUUCUUGAUGACCCGGACCAGCUACCACCCCCGGCACCUGGUCAGACCGAUCUUGAUAUUCUUGUGGCCAGCUACGCCGAUUCUGAUGUAUGUCGCUCUGUGCACGAUGAGGUUGUGUCGGCUGUCCAGUCCGCGCAAGCAGCAAAUGGAUCAACCGACUCUCAUCUCUUGUCUGGCACUUCAACAACACAGCCGAUGAGCUAUGCUCGCGUCAGUCUGGCCCGCCAGUUCAUCAUUUUGUCGCAACGCACUUGGCGCAAUUUGUACCGCAACCCUAUGCUGAUGCUCACUCACUACGCCAUUGCAAUUCUUCUCGCUGUUCUGUCUGGGUAUCUCUUCUACGGCCUGACCGACGACAUCAAGGGUUUCCAGAACCGGCUGGGUCUGUUCUUCUUCGUCCUGGCCUUGUUUGGCUUCAGUACUUUGACCAGUCUUACGGUCUUUUCUACAGAACGACUUUUGUUUGUUCGUGAGCGUGCCAACGGAUACUACCACCCCGUCACAUACUUUGCGUCCAAGGUCGUUUUCGAUAUUGUGCCACUGCGCCUCCUCCCACCCAUCAUCAUGGGCAUCAUUGUCUACCCCAUGACCGGAUUGAUCCCUGCAUGGCCCGAGUUCUUCCGAUUCCAGCUGGUCCUGGUACUGUUCAAUCUGGCGGCCGCUAAUAUCUGUCUGUUCAUCGGCAUUGUGUUCCGGGAUGGUGGAGUUGCCAACCUGAUCGGUAGCUUGGUGAUGCUCUUCAGUCUGCUCUUCGCGGGUCUUUUGCUGAACCACGAUGCCAUCCCCAAGUCGGCUCUGUGGCUGCAAAGCCUAUCCAUCUUCCACUACGGCUUCGAGGCUCUCAUCGUCAACGAGGUUACCUUCCUUACCCUGAUCGAUCACAAGUACGGUUUGGAUAUCGAAGUGCCCGGUGCCUCGAUUCUGAGUGCCUUUGGCUUCGACACGCAGGCGUACUGGUUCGAUGUCGCCGGGCUGGCCGUGAUCGCGGGAGCGUUCAUCAUCAUUGCAUACGCAUCGAUGCAUUUCCUGCUUGUCGAGAAGCGAUAA